CAUCAGAAGGAAAUAAUAAACAGUCCAGUGCUCUAUAGAAAACAAUUGUUUUUCUUUCGGUUCAAGUAUGCCAUCAAAAAAUUUCUCAAUACAGGUCAAGUAAAGCUCAAAAUGCUUGAGACUAGCUAUAAUUACAUUUUAGAUAUUGCUUAUGGUGGCGUAAAUCACAGUUUGCCGGGCAAUGGAGGUCCCGAGUGUGUAGGGUUCCUAUCACUGAGACAAAGAAUCGUUGAAACGCUUUUCUAUGUGACGUUCGCAUUUUUUGUAUUUUUAAAGACUUUGCCACAUUGUAAGAUACCGCACACCUUUCCUACUCAUAAGACCGGGUCUGGACUAGCAAAAAGGAUUCUUUUAAUAUUGAUGUGCAUAACGUUUGGAAUCGAAGUUGGGUUCAAAGUGGUCACGAAGCAAGUGAUAUAUUUACUCAAUCCUUGCCACGUUUUAUCGGGCUUACAGAUUUAUUUAUUAAUUGCUCCACCAAGCAAAGUGGUUUAUAGUGUCUUCAGAAUACAAAUUUACAUUAUCUUUGGAGCUUUACUGGCUGUCGUUUUUCCAGUUGUGAAUACUAGAACUUUGCCUUGUGAAGUUGAAGUCUAUUGGAUACAACAUCUACUCAUCCUCAUUGUUGUACCCUUCUUCCUAAUAUCAUGCGAAGGCCCUUAUGUUCUGGAAGACUUUUGGGACUUCAGCUGGGCAACACUAACUUACUGUCUUUAUGCUUUUUACAUGUUUCUUGUUUUACAACCACUUGGAAUGCUGAGUCAAGUCAAUUUAAACAGCACAGUUUGUCCAGCUGUUAGUGAUCCAUUCAGUGGCCCAUACUAUAGGAUGAUUGCCUGUUUAUACAUUCCAGCUCUAAUCUAUCUUGUUGGAAAAGGUGUAUGUCUUGCUGGGAAUGUGAUGCUGAAAAUUCUUUCUAAAUUUGAAAAGGUUGAUUAAUCAUCAACAUUAAUUUGAAUUAUUUAUGCUCCUAAGUAACCUUUUUGAUUAUUUAAUGAAUUCAUGUCAAAUAAUUAUAAUUGGUCAUUAUAAUCAGAUAACUAUCAGUCUUAUGCAUGCAUUUAUUAUUAUUAAUAUAUGAAUUAUUCAAAAUUUUAUGAAAUUUAACAUUAUCAAAUUGAGAAAGCAUUAUUUCAAAUUAUAUAUAUUAAGGCCCUAUUAGGAAGGGUACUAUGUCAUUCCUCUGAAUUUCAAAACUGCCUUUGUCACAGUUUUGAAAUGUUGUAUUGCAUGUUGGUAUUUACCCAUAACAAGGCCUUGCUGUGGAUGAUUCAUUAAAGCAGUCCGUCAUGUGUGGCUCUGUUGUCAGAUUUUCAAGGCCAUGUAUGUAGCUAGUUAAAUGUUUUACCCCUAACAGGGCCUUUCUAUUUUGAUCACUUGGGUGGCAUAGCAAUAUUCGGUAAAACAUUUGCCUUUGACUCUGUAAGUCCUGUGUGUAGUUUUAGAUUAAAUAUUCAAUCCAUGAAUGCACACAUUGCAUUUAGUUUUUUUUAUUUGUUGUUCUCUUCCAAUGCCAUGCAUGCAUACAUGAGAGAGUUUGGUUAUAAGUUGCUCUUUUUAUUGAUUAGCUCAAAUAAUAUUAAAAUCUACAAAAUUCCUAGCUGAUCAUAUUCCUUCCUAUUCCAUAUCAUAUUCCUAAAUUAACAGAAUUUAUAUAGUUUGUGUAGUCUUUUACUAGCUACUGAAUGCUGCAUGAAAUCCUGUAUCUUAUAUGCAAGGAAUUUGUUGCCAACUCAACAAAUGCAGAUCAGACAGACCUACUUACACUAACUUUCAUUAGGUAGUUUAAGCAUACAAAAGCAUAUUAGCUAUUAUGAGAUUGUGGGGGAAAUUGGAUUAAGCAUGCAUUGCUGUGUAUUUUGGCACUGAUUUAGGGGACGAAAUCUCCCUAAAACAGCCCCAAAAUGUACUACAGUACCAACUUUACCCAAUCUUCCCCUCAACCUUGGAAUGACUAAUAUAUGUACAAACUAGAACAAUUUUCUAUGGCAAUCAAUGAUUCUUGAUAUUCUGGGAACUCGUACUAUUUCAACAGCUGGUGUGAAUUUAGAUUUUUACUUUUACUGUCAAAAAUAUACAAGGAAUGACUGAUUAUUUUUGAUUGGCGACAGCAAAAGACCAAAUUUCAGCAUGCAGCUUGCAACUACCAAGUUGAAAGAAUAUUGAGAAUCACAUGAAAGGGAUUUGCAUUUUGCUGGUAACAAUUUUCUAUUAAUUCCUACUACAUUCCUGUAUUUGCCAUAAGUAGUACUCAAAUACUCAUUCUUAUCUUUCUACAAUGCAACAUAUUAUAUAUCAGCUUGAAAAAAAUUAUUUUAUAUUAUCAUUAAAGAAUAUUAAUGUUAACCAAGAUCCAGUAACCAUAGUACUGAGCCCCAACCAGCCUCGUUUUCAUGUUUCUGGCACAUAUUUGCCUGAUUUCUUUGAAAUUGGUGACAAAAUAAAAAUUAUAUAUAUUAUAACAAA